CAUUUGCCGAGAUGAUCCAAGUCCGUGCACGCGGAAAGUGCCCUAACUGCCUAGCUGAGAGCGUCUAAUUAAAGCGCUGUAUAGUGUCUAUUGUCAGACGGUUACAAGAUGGUCCAAUGACAUCGAAGGCGUAAAGAUGCUAAUAUAGGAAGGAAUCCAGCCCACGUGCAAAAUAAUGCCUAAGACCUCAUGCGAGUUUUAUGCGUGCUGCUUUUUAUAUUUUGAUAAAUGUGAAAGAAGUGCUCAUCAAUUGGGUUAAUAUGGCGAUGAUGUCGGAAAGCGACCUGCUGCUACCACGGAUUGUUACUCUGCAAGACGAUCCCAGCGAUGAUGGCGGAGGAGGAAGUACCCGUCGUCCUUCUGCGCCCUUAAGAUGCAAGGUAGAAGGGUGCAAUGCCAAUCUGGAAAACGCGCCCAAGACGCAUCAGCGGUUUCGCUUGUGCAACGAACACAUCAAGGCACCGUGUAUCUUAGUGGACGGCGUUCGAAGCCGCUUCUGCCAACAGUGUUCUCGCUUUCACCCGCUGGUGGAAUUUGAAGGCUUAAACCGGACCUGCCGAGUCAUGUUGGCAAAGAAUCGUGCCCGCCAGCGGAGUCAAGCACAGCAGCAGCUCCCGCAUUGGCAACCCUGCCACUCCAAUCAGCAACAUUUGUCGCCAUCCCUGCAGCACCUCACCCCACAACCACCGCAGGGCUGGAUCCGCGCCGCAAGCGCACCCAUAAUGAGCUCCGACCCUGCUUUGCAGGCUGCUGCUGCUGCUGCCACCCAUAGCAGCAUGGCUCCCCCCGUCCCUUCCAGCAGCGUACCCAUGUUGCCGGGGAGGUGGAGCUGGGGUGCAGGCGCACCUGGCACCGCUGGUCUCGGCGUGGGAGGCGUUGGAGGGCCCAUGAGCCCUGCUGCCGACGCAGCAGCAACUGUAUACGGGUUGAUGGUAGAGGAGUUGGGUGUAGGGCCGGGGCCUUCCGCGCCAGCAGCAGCAGCAGCAGCCUUCUCACCUGCAGCAACAUACAACUCGGCGCCGCUGGCGACGGUUCAGAGCGAUGAGUGGCUGCUACCGCGAGCGGACGUGCUUCCGUUUCCCUCAGCCGCCAAUGAGGUGCUUGGGAAGGCUGGCGGCGACAGCAGGAGCACUGCUGCCGCAGCUGCAACAGGCACUGCCACUGCGGCUGCUGCAGCCGGUAGAAAGAACUGCAGAGGUGGCAUCCAGUUAGAACUAAUAGCAGGUAUGGCGGUUUCCAUAGGCGAGGCGGACUCACCCAGCGGUAGCGCAGAUGAUCUUGAGCAGGAGAACGAGGAGGCUGAAGACGACGAAAGCAUAAGCGGAGGCAGCGAUGGCCUAUCAACCAUGCCCGCCGCUGCUGAGGCUGCGGCGACUGCUCCUGCAACCUCCCAAGUGGCUGCUGUCAUCGACACCGGACUGCCUCAACCUGCUCCGGUCUUACUUGAUCGCCCAGCUCAGCGACCUCCUACAACCGCCAGCAGCCAGCAGCAAAGCAUGCAGCAGCCGCAGACACCAGCUGCAGUGCUUGACCGGCAGGGCGCUGUUGCCAGCGGCACCAUUGCCGCCGGUAGGAGUGGUGGUGGUGGCCUCAGCACACAGCGCGGAGGGCAAGGCCGCAGCGUAAGUGGUACUGACGGAGGAACUCUCCGGCUGGCAGGCAGUGCCCGAAGUCCCGGGCAGUUCUGCAGUCCGCUAGGCCCUUUCGAAAGCGGCGAUGCUUGGGCCGGGGCGAGGGCUGGUACAUGGGUCGAGGGAGGUGUCGGCGCCAGGGCGGUGGGAGGGGCUUUGGGCAGCCAUGGUGGUGAGACACGUCACUCGGUCUGGGCAGUGGCUCCUUUCACCGGAAAGCUGGCGCCGGCACCUACGGCAGCUGGCGGGCAGUUUGCAGCUGCGGCUGCAGGCACGCAGCUAGGGCAACUGGCACCGCUGGGCCAGCGGCUGCAGCAUCCCAAUUUGGCGGCUUCCAAGGCUGGGGGAAUGCUGGCGAGUCCAGCCGCCGGCGUUGUUGCCACAGCCGCCACCGCAACAGCCGCAGGUGCAGCUGCUGCUAUGAGUAUUGGGGGUGGAGGCGGCAGUAGCAGCAUGAGCAUUAGCUGCGGCAGUAGUGGCAUGGUGCUGUCAGAGCAGCACGCGGGAGGUGGGGCUGGUGGUUCUGAUGCUGCCGCCAGCAGCGGCGGCGGUUCUAAGCGACAACGCAGCGGCAACGGCCAGCGGCGUACGGCGCCAGGCGCUGCUGGCUUAGGAGGGCCUGAAGCAGCGGAUUUACAGCAUGGGCAGCAGCAGCAGCAGGAGGGUGUUGCAGUGCAGCAGGCGACGUCCAGGGGAAGCCAAGUCCUGAACCUGUGUCUGCUGCAGCAGCAACAGCAGAUGCGACAGUUGCGGUAUUUGCAACAGGUGCAACAGCAGCAGCAGUUGCUGCUUCAACAACAGCAACAGCUCCUACUGCAGCGCCAUAUGCUAUUGCAACAACAACGCCGUCAACAACAGCAGUGGCAGAGGCAGCAACAACGACAACCGCAGGAGCAGCAGCAGCAGCAGCAGGAGCACAACCAGCAAUCAGACCGGACGCAACGGGAGCUAGAGCAGCAUGCUUCAAUUCCAGAUCCUCUUACUGCGGUCGACCAGCUCCCAGUGCCCGGCGUAGUGCAACCUGGGCCUGUCAGGCCGCAAGGCUUGCAGGCGCCGGCCGCAUUUUUGGCCGAGGAGCCAUUCCAGUCCUUACUAGAAACGUCGGCGCCGGCCGGAGCACUACCGGACAUUCCACCGGCUACGAGCCCCCUUGGUGGUCCUGGAGGCCAGAAAAGGGGUGGUGCUGAAGCUGUCACCUUGGGUCCCGAGGUCGGUGUAGGUGACGUGAACCUAGUACUUGGAAGCUCGGCAGAGUGUGACCGCUUGUUGGGUGGGUCCCCGGUAUCGGUAGGAAGCGCUAUGGAAAUUGGAUUAGAGCUGCUGACACGGCGUAACAGCAAUGCAGGAGGCGAAAGCGCUGAGGGUGGCGGCGUUGCUGGUCAGGGCGGCGGCUUGCAGCAUGGUGCAGCAGCAGCAGUAGCGGCAUCAGCGGCCGGACUGGUUGUAGGUAUUCCUUCAGAGAAGAGUGGCACUAGCAGCUGUCGGGAAGCAGCUGCAGCAGCGGAUGACACGGCGGCCCUGGCGGCCUUAGCUGCGGAAUGGAGCCAGCUGCCCGACUCAAGCCCAGAGGAGGCGGCGGCGAGAAAGCCGCAUACCGACCCACGGGUCAGUGCGCCGCUUGAUUUGCCACCGUCGCCAUUACAGGCGCAGGCGCAGGGCAGUCAAGUGGGUGUUGCAGCAGCGCCAGUCACGGCAUUUCAGCAUAACUUGCCAUGUCCUGAAACCCCAUUGACAGUUACUGGAGGGCGCUUGGGAAUGCAAUCGCCAUCACACCUGCAGUUAUUACAAGCACAACUGCUGCAACAACAGAUGGGGCCGCUGCACCUUGUCGCUGAGACACCAAGUACGCCGCCGCCGCCUCAUCAGCAGCCUCCUCAACUGCAACCCCUGCAAACGCAGCAGCAACAGCAGCAGCUCCAGCUUCUAAUGCCCAGGGCGCAGUAUCCUUCGCACGUCGUGUUGGGCAUGACGCCAACAGCGUCCAGACGUCAUCAGCCGCCGCCACCAGCUGCUUUGUCCCCAUCCAUGUCAGUGCCAUGCCUGACGAUCCGACCGGAUCCUUCAGAUCCGCCGCUCUUGCCGCUGCCACCUCGGCCCAUGUCAGUUUCCGCUGCGGGCUGCCUUCCAGGACAGCCGCAGGUGCUGCAGCAGCAGCUGCGCCCGCUGCAGCAGCUACAGCCAGGCCUGCUGCCGGGGGCGCAGUCGGGCUUUCUGCAGUCAUGGCCGCACCCUCUCCAGCUGCAACAGCAGCUGUUAGCUGGCUUUCCGGUGCUGCCGCCGCAAUUGCAGCAGCAGGAACUGCAGGAACUGCAGCAAAUGCAUCAGCAGGAACAGCGACAACGACAACAGCAGCAGCAGUAGCACGGCCGUCAACUAACAGCAGACGAUGUGCCUCAUCGCCUUGAUCGGUCCACAAGCUGCAUGCCCUGACUGGAGCUGCAGGAAUGGCCUUAAACGGAGUCGUGGGUAUAUUGGUGCAAAGCGUUCUAUGGGGUUGCCGGCUGCUGCUUGCAUUCUGAUCAUUAUGACUACCGAGGCUAUCUAUGUUCCAUGGCUAGACGGGGCAACCCAGGGGCAACCGAUGUUAGCCAAGUGUAGAGAAUCCGUCCUGUAGCAGAGGUGUCAGCUGAGAGCGCUGAGAGCAGCGGCAAUGGGCUUAAAUUGAGCAUUCGUGUUUAUUGGAACAAUGUGAGCGUGGCAACAAGCGGUUGAGGUACGGGUUACAGUUGAGAAUUGGAUGGCGGCCAAGCAGGCGCACAGCUUGCUGCCCGAGCCAUUGCAUUAUUCGGUGCAUGACGGACGGAACCACAUUGAACCACAUUGCUUGGCUUUUUAUUUUGCUUGCAUGCGGCACGUCCGUUGGAAUUGGUUGGUGCAUUGUAGCAUAAAAACGAGCAGGAACCGAAAUGUAGAGGCCGGAGGCUUACGGGAGAGGGCUCGAAGGCACAGCAAGCAGGAGCCAUGGGGGCCAGCUGGAGGUAGCAUUCAGCAGUCGAGCGUGGAAGGAGCGGAGUGGGGUGAAGUGGGCAGAUGAGCAGUAGCUACCGAUGACGUGUAGGUUUGUAGGAAGUGUGGAGGGCACUCCUGACCGCUUUGAUUGUUACUAGUAAUUAUAUUACCCAACCCGGCCUUCCCGUAUCGUAUCAAAGGGUUACAAACUGCAAUUUUCCUGGGCCUGCUGGCUUCGUGGCUAUUGUUUUUUGCCAAGUUAUUGUACGUGUGGGGAUCAGCUGCUAAGGAUGAUGAGAGCCUCUCUUUCUUCGAGAUCCUGCUUCCUCGCUCAACGGAAAUGUGGGUUUCCCUGACUCUGGUUGCUGCUCACAGUCACUUCGGUGCUAGGAGGUGUACAAGUAUCUAUUAAUACCACCAGACCCUGGCCACCCUGCCGGCCCUGGCGGGCAACCGCGACACUGUUGUGGACUUACGACACUGCAUGCUUUUGUUGUAUUGUGAUGUGCAAGGUUUGCUUCGGGCCUCAGCACCAAGCCAUGCGCCCUGUACUAGAGAAGGAAAGGAAGGGCAUUACUCAUGAUGCGUUGGCCCUGUCACACAAACUGUCUUGUAGCGCUGUAAGGGGUGCCUAGAGAGAUACUGAAACAUGGUAUGCCUAUUUUGGCAGCAGGAAUUGCUCUGCACGGUAC